AUGCUUCUGUUUUUGCUGUUGUCAUCGAUACCUGUAGUAGUCACGGUACCCUGGCCUCUAGGAGAGUAUACGUACCUAAACCACACUUUUCUCCCAAAUUACUCUCUCCCUCUUUACCGUCCCGUCCUGUUUUCCUUUACUGCGUAG